AUGCCUGCUCCGCUACCCGGGUUCCAGCCCCAGAAUUGGGAGCACCUCGGGCCCUGGGUACGGCUCUGGGGCAUCACGCACGCGCAGCUGCCCCCGACCACGGAGACAACACCGGACGGCCUGGCGGCGUUCUUCCUAUCGCUGCUGAGCGAGGCCGACCCGUUCCUGGACUCGAUGUCGCCGCGCUCCGGCGUCCAGCGGUACGGCGGCAUCGACUACCCCUGGCACGCGGGCGGCUCCAAGAAGCUGGCCGGCUCGGCCGCCAAGGUCGACCUGUGGAAGCGGCACGUCACCAAGGAGAUCCUGCAGCGGAUCGCGGCGCGCGGCGGCCUCGAGGGCAGCAUGCCGAACUGCCCGGCGGCGGACCGGGUCGCGGGCGGCGGCGAGACGUGGGUGCUGCGCCGGAGCGUGCACGCGGACGCGCCCGCCGAGGGCACCGCCAGCUGGGCCGAGUUCGUCGACUGCAUCCGCGACCGGCACGCCGAGACGGAGGACGCCUUCACGCCGACGGUGCUGGCGCACCGCGAGGCCAUGGGCUGGGACUGCGAGGGCGUCGAGGUCGCCGACGGCGGGCUGACGUGGGGCCGCUUCGCGAUGAAGCUGCUCGAGGUCAAGCACAAGAUCCCGCCGCCGCUGAACAACCGCGUGUUCACCGUACUACAGUUCACGUGCGCGGCGCUGCCGGAGGACGAGAAGAAAGAGUUCCUUGUGGUCAGCGUGCCUAUUGCCGACUGGAAGACUGCGCCACAGGCGGAGAUUGCAAAGGAGAAGGGCGUCGUGCUAGGCGCGUAUGUGAGCAUCGAGCGAGUGCGGAAGAUGGAUGACGGUAAUAUAGAAUGGAUCAUGGCGACGGCAUCCGAUGCAAAGGGGGUUCUGCCAGGGUGGAUUCAGAACAUGUCGGUGCCGGGCCAGAUUGCAAAGGAUGUUCCCAUGUUCUUCUCUUGGCUUGCAGGAGAGCGUAGUCACACAGGACAUGGAGCGACUUCUGUGCAACAAAAGGCAAACGGAGAAAACGGUCAAUCUACUCAAGCAGACAAAACGAGAGGUGCUGCGCCAGCGGCUCUUCAGACGGAGGCGGUUCCCGAGGCUACCGCUACCAUAUUAGGGUCCGAGAGGAAAUCACCGACAUCAAAGGCCUAG